AGCAUGGCGCCGUACAAGGGCCACACGUGACUUCUGUCGGCAGCACCCUCACUGUAGUGGCUCCCGCCCUGAACUCCUGAGUUGCGGCGUCGAGUAUUUGGACCCAGGCGCAGAGAAGUUUGACCAGAGGUCAAGUUUGCUAUUCGGUUACGCGAGAGGAUGCCGACGAAGUACGUCGGGAGAACGACAGCAUGGCAGGGGAAGAGAAUCUGGGAGAUCUUGUGCAAUCUUAAGGACUUUGGGAAAGGGAGGUUGCUGACCAAAGGCAUGUGGGAAUUCAAAUAUCCCAACGAGAUCUCGUACAUAAAAGUCCUCAAGGCUGAACCUAUCAUGGACCAGGAAAAUAAGUUUGGGGCCGUGUGGUGCAAACAAGUGUUUCGAAACCAACAUGAUGGUGAGAGGCUGAUGAGAAAGGGGGUUUAUUCACCCGAUUGGAAACUUAUUCACAAGGAGGAUGAGCACAAAUACCUAGAAGCACCAAAAGUAAUCAGAGAAGAAAAAAUCUUCCCUCGCCAGACACGUCCCCCACCUGCCAUGGAGGAAUCAUUCCGUCUGGAAAAAUUACAAGAGGGCAUUUCAAUCUCGGGCCCCAUCUACAUCGACAUGUGUCUUUCUGGAGAGGGGAAGAGCAAGACAAAUUACCGCAGGGCAAAGGAAACGGAAACACCCAAUGUGACCAUCGAGAAGCCACACAAAGCGUCGCCACAUAGACUCUUCUAUGACCAUCUGGACUCUUAUGAAGCGCCAUUGCAGGACCGUAGUGAAACGUGAUUUGUCUAUUUCCAACUGAUGUCAAUGUGUAACUUUGAAUGGAAUGGAUGUGAAUGCCUUUUUCUUUACAAUACAGUCCAAUUUAAG